AUGUCCACCUCAAUCUUCCCACCCACCCCCUCCCCCAAACACACCUACCUCAUCAUCGGCGCCGGCGUCUUCGGCGUCUCCACCGCCCUGCACCUCAUCCGACGCUACCCAACCGCCUCAGUAACCCUCCUCGACCGCGACGCCUACGACGCCACCACCCGCGUCGCCGCAUCCUGGGACUGGAACAAAGUCGUGCGCGCCGACUACGACGACCUCAUCUACUGCCGCCUCGGCCUCGAAGCGCAAGACAUUUUCCGCUCGGAUCCCUUAUGGAAACCGUAUUUCCACGAGACGGGCAUCUUCUGGAUUUGUCGGAGUGAUUACGCGCAAGAGGUGAUGGACAAUUAUAAGAAAUUGGGUCGCGAGGCGGAUUUGAAAGCCGUGCCGAUUGAGGAGGCGAGGAAGUUGUAUGGAGGGAUGUUUGAUGAUGCGGAUUAUAAUGGGGUGAAGGAGGUGUUGGUUAACAAGACGAGUGGAUGGGCGGCGGCGGGGGAUUGUCUGAGAGCGGUGACGAAGGAGGCGUUGAGGUUGGGAGUGGAGUACAUCGUCGCUGAUGUGGCAGCUCUCGAAUUCAACGAAGCCAAGACGAGGUGCACGGGAGUGAGGACGACAAAUGGACAGAUCGUAACCGCCACGCACACCAUCCUCAGCACGGGAGCUUUCACACCGAAAUUGCUGGAACAGAGUGCCGCUCGGAGUGGCAUCAACGGUCUCCGCGCGGGGUCUCGAAUCCUCGCCGCGGGAAUCACGACCGGAAUGACGAAACUGGACAAAGAUAUUCACGAUAGCAUCUAUGCCAAAAUGCCCGUUGGCGUGCAGGGAUACAAUGCCGAGCUUGGCCCCUUCAUCGGCUCCCUGCCCCCAACACCCGACCGCGAAAUCAAAUGGUGGGGCCAAACAAUCUUCACCAACACGACCGAAGUCCUCCCCGGACGCUACCUCUCCGCACCUCCAAACGCACCGGAUUACGCUCAGUGGAAAGUUCCGCAAGAACUCAAAUCCGACAUCGAUCAUGCGAAUAAAGUCUUCUAUGGGAAACGUGGGGAGAAUUGGAAGAUGGAAAAGUAUCGGAUUUGCUGGGACGCAUUCACCACCUCCGCCGACUUCAUCAUCUCCCCCCACACAUCCUGGACCUCCCCUUCCUCUCCCUCCACUCCCAUCCCGUCUUCCUCCUCCAUCACACCCCUCUCCACAUCCUACUCCUCCAACGGCCUCUACAUCGCCACGUGCGGAAACUUCCACGGCUGGAAAUUCUUCCCCGUGUUGGGCAAGUACGUCGUCAAGAUGUUGGAGGGGGACUUGGAGCCCGAGUUGGCGAAUAAAUGGGCGUGGGAUCGCGAACGUCCCGAUGGGGGGAUGAAUCCGGAUUGGCCGAGGUGGGAGGCUAGUGGGGUUUUGAAUCAGGAGAGGCCGAGACUUUAAGGCCGCGAAUGCGAGGACACGACUGGAUGGCUGCGGUCCUCUUGGUGGUUGCUGGGGAAAGGUCUGCAAGGUAUGUGAGGUAUUUGGAGGUGGUUUGAAUGAACGAGUAGCAGGCGAGAUUGAGAUCGACGACGAGCAAGGGAAGAUGAGGAGGAAGGAAAGACAU